AUGGAUAUAUUAUCUUAUACUCCGGGCACUCCAAUUGAAUGGGGCAUUAAACGUUUGUACAAUAAGACAAACGCUUCAUCAAAACUACGUUGGUUUGUCGCUGCCAAAAUUGCGUGCUGGACUCUCAGCCCAAGUCUAGAAAGGGAGAUACCAGCCUUGAAAAGCUCAAGCGAAUAUAGCUUCGUUGCUAGUCGAAAUCUAGAAGAGGUUUUAAUGAAUAGUUCAAGUGAAGGAGUUUUAGGGAAGAGAUCACGCAAAGAAGAGUACUCUCAGGGUAACACCAAGAGAUCAGCUAAGAGAAGAUCGAGGAAGGUAAUUGUAGACUCCAUGACUGUCACGGUGUUGGAUGAUGGGAUAUCAGAGACGUCAUCCGAGAUAGAUGAAGGAAUAGCUCUCCAAGCGUCUUCACAGGAGAAUCGAAAAUCGAUCCCAAAAUCUGAGAGCUUCAAUACUAAGAAUGGCAACCUUAAGGACUAA